CUUUAAACAGCUCUUGUCUUCUGGGCUGUGUAAUCCUACUUGGUUCUCUAGAACUCUAAAAAUGCCUCCCGAACGCCGGCAACCGCAGAAAAACAGACGUCUUCCAUUCAAUCCUCCGCGUCCUAGAACAUCCACUGCCAGCGUUGGACCUUCAACCACACCUAAAUCUAAUACGAAGGGCAAAGGUUAUGCGGGAAAAGGAUCAGCCUCGGUUUCCAAAGCCGGUACAUCUCGCAAAUCGACAGUCUCGCGUCAGAGGUCUCCAUCCGUGGAAGCAUCAUCAGUCUCAAGUUCAGUGUUAGAAUCAGUGUCGGAGUCCACAACUCGCCGUUCCCGAGAGAACUCUCUUUCCUCCGAAGAACCAAACUAUAUGCUCGCUGAGAUUAUCACUGAUAACAGAGAAGAUGUGGAUGUGAUGUCGAGCGAGCCUACCAUUCCCCCAAAACUACUGACAAGGCUGCUACAUCAUCAUUUCCAGAAUGAGAAGACCAAGAUUGGCAAGGAUGCGAAUGAGGUCGUGGCUAAGUACGUGGACAUCUUUGUGAGAGAGGCCUUGGCAAGAGCUGCGUAUGAAAGGAGUGAGAGCGAGGGUGGCGUGGGUGCAAAUGGGAAAAGGGCGGUUGGAGAUGGGUUCUUGGAGGUAUGGUUGCCCUUUUUCUUUUUUCUGGCUCACCGCGAGGAAACUUACAAAUAACAUGGUUGGUUACUAUGAAUCAGGUUGAAGAUCUCGAGAAAAUGGCUCCGCAGCUGGUUUUGGAUUUCUGAUUCCGGUCUAGCUUAAACCGGCAUGAUACCAAUCGUGAUUCUUGGAGUUACAAAGAGCUAUUACUCUAUGAACGCUUUUUUUCUGCGACUCCGUGGAGCCAAAUCUAUGCCAUACCUUGAACAUAUCGUCAAGGCCGGCUGUUUACAUGCUGCGUAUAUAUGAAUCCGCUUGUGUUAAGCUUUGGGGUUGUACCCACCCAUUUCUUCCCUUUCGGACUCGACAACUUUAACGAGUAUGCUCGGGGCCUUCUCGGUGAGUAGUCUGUUAGAGUUAUAUCCAAGGGUCCAUCAGUUUGCUAAUUUUGUCCUCUUGGCUAUAUGGAACCUAAUGCUCUA